GGGGCAUUUUUAUUUGGUACAACACCGGAUGUCCUUCACAAGCACUUCCUGGUCAACAUUUCAUAGUAGAAACUUGUUGUCAUCUUCCUCUGACGGCUCGUCAGUUUUAAAAACAAGCAUGCCGGGCCCCGAUAAAGAAACCGAGCUCACGGAGCGUGUUGAAGCCUUUCUGUCCGACCUAAAGCGCGGAGGUAGCGGGGCCGGACCUCUGCGGGGUUCGGCGGAGACCGCCCGAGAAACGACGGCCCUUCUCCGCAAAAUUACAGCUCAGGCUCGGUGGAGCAGCGCAGGUGAUCUAAUGGAGAUAAUCCGGAAAGAAGGAAGGAGAAUGACGGCCGCCCAGCCUUCAGAGACCACAGUGGGCAACAUGAUCAGGAGAGUCCUGAAGAUCAUAAGAGAGGAGUACGCCAGGUCUCGAGGGAGCAGUGAGGAGGCUGACCAGCAAGAGUCUCUUCAUAAGCUGCUGACCUCUGGAGGACUCAGCGAGGAGAACUUCAGGCAGCAUUUUGCUCCUCUCAAAGCCAAUGUCAUUGAGGCCAUCAAUGAGCUCCUCACUGAGCUGGAAGGAACAACCGACAACAUCUCCAUGCAGGCCCUAGAGCACAUUCACUCCAACGAGGUCAUUAUGACCAUUGGGCGCUCCCGCACAGUGGAGGCUUUCCUUAGAGAUGCUGCUGCACGGAAACGCAAGUUUCAUGUCAUCGUAGCGGAGUGCGCCCCCUUCUGUCAGGGACAUGAAAUGGCAACCAACUUAUCCAAAGAUGGCAUAGAAACAACAGUAAUUGCUGACGCUGCAAUAUUUGCAGUCAUGUCUCGGGUCAAUAAGGUCAUCAUCGGAACUCAGACGGUCCUAGCAAAUGGGGGUUUGAGGGCUGUGAACGGAACGCACACUCUUGCCUUAGCAGCCAAGCAUCACUCAACACCUCUUAUUGUCUGUGCCCCCAUGUUCAAGCUGUCGCCUCAGUUCCCAAACGAGGAGGACACUUUCCAUAAAUUUGUCUCCCCACAUGAAGUCCUUCCUUUCACUGAAGGUGAGAUCCUCUCCAAGGUCAAUGUGCACUGUCCGGUGUAUGACUACGUCCCUCCUGAGCUCAUUACACUGUUCAUCUCUAACAUUGGGGGACACGCACCAUCAUAUAUCUACCGACUGAUGAGUGAACUGUACCACUCAGAGGAUCACGAGCUGUAAUCGGUGUAACUAAUAAAUAUGUUUACAUUAAAAUGUC